AUGUGGUUAAAACAAAAAUGGAAAGGAAGACAAAGAGUGAAGCUUGGUCUUUGUUGGGUGUGUUUGGAGGAAGAAGAGAUUGAUGAUAACUGGCUGAUCCAAAAUUGUGAUUGUAAUUUACAACUACACAAGAAAUGCUAUUUGAAAUGGUUAUAUAAUAGGAAUUUCGAUUUGAGUCAAAAGGUGUUCAGAACCUUGCUGCAAGAAAAUAUCGGAGAAACAGCAAACAGAUACCAGGAUGUAAUUGAUGAAGAAAUUAGCAAAGAAGUGAAGAGAAGCUUCUAUUGUUAUUUUGAUGGGCAUAGAGACUUCCAUAAACCUACCUCAAUCCCCUUACUUAUUCUUACCAAUCCUUUGUUAACCAAGAUAUUCUCACCUUUCAUGCCCGCCUAUUAUAGGAGUUUAUCCUCACACGAAGACGGUUCUUUAAUUAUCAACUAUUUGAAUAGGUUGCCUCCAAUAAAAUCUGGCCCCUGUCCCCAAUGUAAAAUGGAUCCAUUUGUUAAAAAUGUUGAAUAUAAGUCAAAGUCCUGGAUUUUAGAUGUCAUUUACAAACUGAGAACAAAUCUCAGAAUUAUUUCUCUUCUUUCCUUCCCUGUAUUAAGUCCUUUCAAUAUCUGCAAGUGGUGGUUAAAGCUGUCACUUUGGCAGCUCCGAUGCGUAUUCCCUGAAACUUUAUUGCGAAAACUAUUAAAUAUUAGUACUACAAAAGCUUUGGACGUGUAUUUACAAUCAGUGCCAGGAAUCAUGUCAAUUCCACAAAGGACAAGCUCAGUUUUAUCAUUAUUCCCCAUUUACAUCUACGAAGCACUCAACACCGAUACAAAUCCUUCUAUUGCAUUUUUUGCAUGGCCUGCUAUGGCUUACAUGAAUUUGUCUUUGUAUAAUUUCAAGCAAAAUGAUCCAUUAAUAGUUGCUAUGCUUUCAAUGAAAGUUUUUUUGAUCGUCUAUAGAAAAUACCUAUCUGAAAUGCUUUCUGGUUACUACAAUCGAAUCUUAAAUGAAAUAUACGGGUCAUUUUAUAAUUCCGACGAAGUGAUUUUUGAAAUAUUGGAUAGCAAUGUCAGUAAUGAGAAUAUACUAAUAAGAGAUGAAAUAUUUGAGCAUUGCCUGCGCUCAGUUCUUACACCUUUCAGCGCUAAUAUGGUGGGCCGAGGUUUGAGGUAUUUGUACUCUUUAGUACGAAAAUGUACAACAGUCAACUAUCUUGCAAAUUAUAGCCCUGCUGAAAUCCACGGUAUAGCAAAUAUAUUAGGGUUCGGAUUAUCUUUUGUUGCCCAAAAAGCAUUCCAUCUUUAUUUAACAAAACUGCGAAUUAAAGAGAUAAAAGAACUACAGAAAGCAUCUGAUACUUAUGAGAUUGACCAACUCGAUAUAUAG